AAGAAAGCCAAAAAAGCAGGUAAAAAAGAUAAAAAGAAAGAAAAAGCAAUGAAAAAAUUACAAGAAGCCGAAGAAGACGAAUUUGAAGCCGCUAAAAAGAAACAACAACAAGAAAUUGAUUAUGAUAAUAUCGAUAUUGAAGAUGUUCCAGGUAGAGAACCACCAGCAUAUGUUCAUUUAAAGACUGGUGAGGGUUUAAGAAGCAAAAUUGGUAACGAUAUUAAAUUUGACAAUCUUACACUUUCAGUUCCAGGUAAAAUUCUUUUACAAAAUGCCUCACUCACUUUAGCUUAUGGUCAAAAGUAUGGUUUUGUUGGUAGAAAUGGUAUUGGUAAAUCAACUCUUGUUAAAAAGAUUGCUAUGCGUGAUGAAAUUACAAUCGCUCCACAUCUUCGUGUAUUAUACGUAGAACAAGAAGUUACUGGUGACGAUAAAACUCCAUUACAAUGUGUAUUAUCUGCUGAUUUAGAAAGAGACUGGCUCCUUCAAGAAGAAAAAACUUUAAUCGAAUUAGAUAAAGUCAAUCCAAACUGGCCAUACGACCCACGUGAAAAGAGAAACUACACACUCCGUGAUAUUUACGAUCGUCUUAAAGAAACUGAGGCUGAUAAAGCUGCCGUUAGAGCUUCAAACAUUUUAGUUGGUUUAGGUUUCACCAUGGAAGAACUUGACACCAAAAAGAGUAAAGAUUAUUCUGGUGGUUGGAGAAUGCGUAUUGCCCUCGCCCGUGCUUUGUUCUGUAGACCAGAAGUAUUAUUAUUAGAUGAACCUUCAAAUCAUUUAGAUUUACACGCCUGUGUUUGGUUAGAAAAAUAUUUAAAUUCUUGGGAUCGUACUUUAUUAGUUGUAUCUCACGAAGCUUCAUUCCUCAACGAAGUAGUCGAUAAUAUCAUUCAUAUUCACGAUCAACGUUUAUCUCAAUACAAAGGUAAUUAUGAUGCAUUCACCAAGCAAAGAGCUCAAAAUCAAAGAACUAAAGAAAAAGCAAAGGAUAAGCAAGAUACAAAGCUCAAGAAGAUGAAUGAAUUCAUUACCAAAAAUAAAAACAAUACAAAUGCUAAACAAGCUGCCUCACGUGAAAGAAAAAUGGAAAAAAUGGAAAAAAUCGAAAUUGAAAGAGAAGAAAACAGUCUUGUUGUAUCUUUCCCAGAUCCAGAACCACUUACUCCACCAUUAUUAGUAUUUAAACAUGUAGAUUUUGGUUAUGAAAAUAAACCAUUAAUGUUCAAAAAUUUAGAGAUUGGUGUCGAUAUGGAUUCAAAGAUUGCUCUUGUAGGUUUCAAUGGUGUAGGUAAGAGUACACUUAUGAAGUUAAUGAAUGGUGAUUUACACGAAACCAAUGGUUAUAUUGAACGUAGCAGAAAAUGUCGUGUUGCUAAAUUCAGUCAACAUUUUGUAGAUCAAUUAGAUGUAAAUGUUUCAGCAGUCGAAUAUUUCCAAACUAAAUUCAAUAACCCACCAAUUCAAAAGAUUCGUAAUCAUCUUGGUAGAUUUGGUAUCGUUGGAUCAUUACCACUCCACAAAAUCAAUACACUUAGUGGUGGUCAAAAGAGUCGUGUUAUUUUAGCAGAGUUAUCAUGGUCAGAACCACACAUUCUUUUACUCGAUGAACCAACCAAUCAUCUUGAUAUCGAUGCAAUUGAAGCUUUAGCUGAUGGUAUCAACGAAUUUACAGGUGGUGUUGUAUUAAUUUCUCACAAUCAACAUUUAAUCAACUUAAUUGCAGAACAAAUUUGGGUUGUUAGAAAAGAUGGUACCAUUUAUCUCUAUCCAGGUACAUUCAUGGACUACAAAGAAGAAAUUUCACGUGAAAUUGAUAAUAUGGUCAUUCGUUCUUAAACAAUUAUUCGUCACUAAUAAUAAUAAUAAUAAUAAUAAUAAUAAUAAUUUUUUAAAUAAAAAUAUCUUUUUUUUUAACGCAC